AAAGCUGCCAGCAUGUCUGCUGAACUGGGUGUCGAGCUGGCGCUGCGGGCGGUGAAGGAACGGGUGCAGCAGGCGGUGGCGCGGCAGCCCAGGGGAUCUCCCAGCCAUUCAACCCCCGUGGUGAUUGAGGCCUAUGCUCAUGGACAGCGCAGCUUUGGAGAGAACUAUGUUCAAGAGCUGUUAGAAAAAGCAUCAAAUACUAAAAUUCUAUCUUCAUGUCCUGAGAUAAAGUGGCAUUUCAUCGGCCACCUGCAGAAACACAACAUCAACAAAUUGAUUGCUGUUCCCAACCUCUACAUGCUGGAAACUGUGGACUCAGUGAAGUUGGCAGACAAAGUAAACAAUUCCUGGCAGAAGAAAGGUUCUCCAGAGAAAUUAAAAGUCAUGGUGCAGAUUAACACCAGUGGGGAAGAAAGUAAACAUGGACUCCCGCCUUCCGAGACAGUGGCCACAGUGGAGCACAUCAAUGCCAAGUGUCCCAGCCUGGAGUUCGUGGGUCUGAUGACCAUUGGGAGUUUUGGACACGACCUCAGUCAGGGACCCAACCCAGACUUCCAGGCUCUAUUGUCCUUGCAGAAGGAGCUGUAUGAGAAGCUCAGCAUCCCCAUUGACCAGGUGGAACUGAGUAUGGGCAUGUCCAUGGAUUUCCAACAUGCGAUUGAAGUGGGGUCCACAAAUGUCCGUGUAGGAAGUACUAUUUUGGGAGAAUGGGAUUACUCCAAGAAACCAGCUGUGGACAAGACCACAACAAGUGUAAAGGCCACCGUGGAGGUAGCCCAAGAGCACUGAACCAAGAAAGGCACAAGCAACUACCUGCCAAGGGCCCUGGUGUGGAAAACUUUAACUAUGCACUAACCCAAAUUUUAAUUUUCAUAUCCCAGGUUGUAGCACAAUAGUACUUUUGUUAAGACCUGGAACUCUACUAAUUAUUGUGUUGGUGGAACUCAUCUUUACUUAGCAUCUUUGACACCUUAGGGCCCAUUUAGAUCAUUGACUUAGGAUUGUCAUGGAACUGGAGAAUCAAGGCAUUUCAGCAGGAAAAGUUCCAAAUCAGAAUUAAUCUUUGAUCCUAUCCAG